UAAACAGUUCUGUAAACAAAUGUACACUUACCAAUCCCUCACAGUUAUUUAUUAUUUAUUAAGCAUUAAAUAAGCAUAGUAAAAAAAUAUAAAUGUAUGUAGGAAAAUUUAUAUAGAUUUCUUAAAAUAUAAAUAUAAAGGUCAAACAAGACCCUUCACCUCUUCUUCUUUACAUUUCUAAAUCAUCCUACUCCCCAACACCAUGCCCAAACUUCCACUGCGACCCCUCUCUCUCCUCCUCCUCUUCAUCGCCACAAUCAAUGCCGCCGCCUGCUGCAGUAAUUCUCAAAAAUUCAAGGAAGCUCCACAAUUCUACAACUCUCCAAACUGCCCCUACCUCUCCUCCAACGACAUGUGCUCUCAAGAAGCUGUCCACGUGGCCAUGAAUCUUGACUUUCCUUACCUCCGCGGCACCAUGGCAGCCAUUCACUCUAUCCUCCAACACUCUUCGUGCCCGGAAAAUCUCCGGUUCAACUUCAUUUCUUCCCCUUCCUCCACCUCUCUCCACCACGCCAUCAACUCAUCCUUCCCUUACCUCCGCUCCCAAAUCUACACCUUCCACACCUCAUCCGUCUCCGGCCUCAUCUCCACCUCCAUCCGCGCCGCUCUCGACUCUCCUCUCAACUACGCCCGCAAUUACCUCGCCGAUCUCCUCCCUCCUUGCGUCAAAAAAGUCGUAUACUUAGACUCCGAUAUAAUUCUAGUAGACGACAUUUCGGUGUUAGCUGCCUCACCACUCGUCGAAGCCGCAGUCUUGGCAGCGCCAGAGUACUGCAACGCUAACUUCACCGCUUACUUCACUCCUACGUUCUGGUCGAAUCCAUCUCUGUCGCUAACGUUCGCGGGACGCAAUGCGUGUUAUUUUAACACGGGAGUGAUGGUAAUCGAUUUGGAAAGAUGGAGACAAGGAGAUUACACGAAAAAGAUCGUUGAAUGGAUGGAAUUACAGAAGAGGAUAAGGAUCUACGUGCUGGGUUCGCUGCCUCCAUUCUUGCUGGUUUUUGCAGGGAAUAUUUCGCCUGUGGAUCACCGGUGGAACCAGCAUGGGCUUGGAGGGGACAACUUUCGAGGGCUUUGCAGAGACUUGCAUCCUGGACCCGUUAGCCUCUUGCAUUGGAGCGGCAAAGGGAAACCAUGGGCUCGCCUCGACUCCAACCGGCCAUGCCCUUUGGAUGCUCUCUGGGCUCCUUAUGAUCUGUUGCAGACAAAUUUCGAUCUCGAUUCUUGAAGAGAGUUUAGAGAAUGGUAUAAUUCAUUCCAUAAAAUAAUGCAGAUUAUAUAUUUUUAUAUAAUUUUUUUUUGAAGAUAAAAAGUUUUGGAGUGUUUAAUGAAGUAAUGCAGCAGAGGAAAUCAUAUAGAGCCAUUAACAGGCUUCAGAGCUUGCUUAAUUUCUCUAAUAUAGGGAAUUGUAUGGAGGAAGAGUUUAUUCAAUUUUAUUUUGUCUUAUAUCUAAAUAUAAUUAUGUUUUGCA